AUGCAACCAGCCGGCGCAGAGAGGGACGCGUGGGCCCUGGCUCCCGUUUCCUUUCUUUUCUUCGGGCCGUCUGCGAAUUCUGGCGCAGGCCGCGCCAUGGUUGGCGGAUGCGUUCGACGGUCGAGAAGAAAAUUUAUUGAGAGUCGACUGCGCUGCGCCGCUCUCCCACCGCCCGCCAGGUCCAGUCAGGAAGAACCGGCAAAGGAGCGAAGCCCUCCAUCCCUCCUCGCAAAAAGCCAAAAGCGCAUGCUGAUCACCUCCUCCGAUCUCUCGUCACGAUCACUCCCCCGCAUAUUCUCCAACUCCACCCUACGCCCGCGCUCCUCAACCCGGAGCUCGCCCGCCCCUUUGCGCAUUUUUCGCCGCUUCCCUACCGGGGGUGCGAGCCGCCGCCGCCGCCGCUGCCGCCCCAGACGGACGCGCUCGUCUGGACCUUCACUUCCAUCCAGCCCUCUCGUCACCUGUGGCUCGCCGCCAGCCGGCGCGCGCAUCCCGCGCCGCCAUCCCCAUCCCGUGGGUGUGGGCCCACUCGAAGAGCAUCCCGAGGCAUCAUCGCACGACACGUACCGAACGUCUUCCGGUCCAUCCGCGGAGGUUGACGACGACAACGAGCGACUGCAUCAACACCUUCUCAGGCAGACGGCGAUCCGCAUGUCAUCCAUCGAUUUGAUGCACAGUAACGUCUCGAACACACUCUAG